GUGUUCAAACGAGGGAAAGUGCUGCACCCCACAGAAAGAUUUGGAAGGUCACGUAGAAUCAGUAUCUUGGUCCCCUGGCAACCAGUUUUCAGGUAUUGACUGCGGGGUACCAAUUCUGUUCAGCAGACGACGUAGAACAGCAAGGGGAAAAGGGAAGGCCGCCUUCUCCAGUGGCAGCAACUCAAGACUGAAGAGAAACUUCAACGUUCAGGCGCUUCCAGAUCGCCCCUCGAUCAAAUUCUCCUUUCAGCACGCUUCCUUAGGAGAGGGUAGGCAAAGCAAGAGGAUUGUCGAGAAACAAGAGUUUAUAGUGGAGGAUUGGAAGAGGGCAUUUGCGAAACCGCUGGCAAUUGGUGGAAGAGGCUCCAAAUACCCCCUGAAACUGAGCUUCGUUGGGCGACGGAAUCAGCUUGUGCUGAUUGAUUUUUGCCGCCAGCAUCAUGGCAGAUAGUGACUUCUAUGUGCGGUAUUAUGUCGGACACAAGGGGAAGUUUGGCCAUGAGUUCCUGGAGUUUGAGUUUAGGCCAGACGGCAAGCUGCGCUAUGCAAACAACUCCAACUACAAGAACGACACGAUGAUCAGGAAAGAGGUGUAUGUGACGCAGGCGGUGCUGGAUGAAGUCAGAAGAAUAAUCGAAGACGCAGAGAUCAUGAAGGAAGACGACGCCAAUUGGCCGCUACCAGACAGGGUCGGGAAGCAGGAGCUAGAGGUCGUUCUGAAGAAUGAACACAUCUCGUUCACGACAGCAAAGAUUGGGUCGCUGCUGGACGUGCAGAGCAGCAAAGAUCCAGAGGGGUUGAGAGUCUUCUACUACCUUGUGCAGGACCUGAAGUGCUUAGUAUUCUCUUUGAUCGGACUCCAUUUCAAGAUCAAGCCAAUCUGAUCUGUAGACUUGAGUCUAAGUCAGCCGCGGAGACCAGUGUUUGGGCAAUGUAAGAUGGGCACCUUUUGCCUCUGGAUACAUUGUUGACAAGAGCUCGAAAGGGCAUUGUUGGUGCGAGCAAGUUCGUCAUCCGUUUUGACCUGCAUGCUGCCAUCCUAUACCUGUCAGGCUUGGC